UUCAACAUUCUAAAAAUUUAUGGAAGAACCAGCGAUGGGCGACGACGGAGAAACCUUGACGGCGACGACGAGGAAGAGAGAGGAAAUAGAGAGAGAAGAAGCAGAGGAGAAUCGAAAAGAAGCAUUGUUAGCGUCAACAGAGUCUCUUCAGCCUAAUUUCAACCGAUCCAACGUCACCCAGAAACAGAUAUCCAAAUUACAGGAGCUACACAAGAGACGUAUGAAGAUAAAAGCCAAUUCAAAGAAACCUAAAGCUAAGCAGCAGAGUAGAGCAGUGGAAGAUGGCGAAAGCUCUAAGAUACUGAAAGAGUCAACUUCUUCUUCUACUACUACCUUAGAACAGCAGACAGCAGCACCAAUGAAGCCACAGAAGCUGUAUUGGGGGCUUGAUACUAAGGAAAGGUGGGAAAGGAAAGCCAAUAUGUAGACUGUAGUGAUUGAAUCCAUUUCUUGUUAUUAGUUAAUUACUUAGAGUCCAUUGUACAAGUUAUUAAAAAAAGCAAUGACACAGUUUUGGUCCA